AUGUUAACGCAGAGCCUCAAAGAGGACAGCACGGAGGAGGAUCCUCUACUUUCGAGUCCCCAGAGGCCGUGCGGGAGCCAAGACCAGAAGUUCUGUCUGAACGGCGGCACAUGCAUCUACCCCCAAGAUACCAGCAAGCCCUUUUGCAUAUGCACGUCUGGCUUCAGCGGGAAUCGCUGCCACUAUGACCGCGAGGUGGACACCAUGUUUUCUCGCCGUCACAUAGCUGUGGAGCACCUCAUUUCUCUCAGCUGCGGGGCAGCCAUCGUCGUCUUCAUUCUGGUCUUCAUCGCCUACUGCGUCAUCCGAAGGAGGUAUACAAAAUCAACAAAACAAAUGGAAUCUGCACCCUGUGAGGUGACAGUGUGA